AUGCUGCUCUUCCGACUCACCACUGCACUGUCACUUGCAGCCGCUUGCUUGGCCUUGUAUCCAGGUGAUUUCCCAGAGAGAGUCAUAACCUGUGAUGACCUCCACAACAUCCAUCGUCUGAAAUGCGAUAGUGGAGUCAUCAGUGUGAUCUCAGCACUGUAUGGCCGUGUAGAUCGUGAGACCUGCAGUGAGGACUGGGCUGCACAAAGGCUGACCAAUACUCACUGCUCCCAAGCCGGCACUGUAGAUGUCAUCAAGAACAGGUGUAAUGGCAAGCAAGUGUGUGAGAUCAACACAAAUGUUGUUCGUACUUCCGAACCCUGCUCCGGCGUAUACAAGUAUAUUGAGACCAAAUACAUCUGCCUCCCAGCGACUCAUCUCAUUGUGUGUCAGAAGUCUCUCGCAUGGUUGACGUGUGGGAAAGGCCAGAUUAUCUCCGUCUACGGUGCAAAUUAUGGACGUCGUGACCAGACCACCUGCUCUUAUCAGAAACCGAGUUCCGAGACUAUGAACGUCAACUGCUCCAACCCCACUAAAGCAGUUGCUGCAAGGUGUAACGGGAAACAAGACUGCAAAAUCCCAGCUACCAACUCAGUGUUUAAGGAUCCUUGUUCAGACACAUACAAGUACCUUGAGGUGGCUUACACUUGUGAAUCGAUUUCUCAUAACUCUUAUCAUGGGCUCCUGAGCAAGUUUCAUUGGUAAUAGUUUACCAACGAUGAUGGAGAUAAUCCAUGAGAUGAUCCACGAACAUGCCAGUCUGUUAGACUUCAAGAGGCUACAGUCAUGAUAAUCUCUCAUUUCACAUUUUAACGUCUUAAGUUGAGCUACUCAAUCAAGAUAAGUUAGUUACGCCGUCAGUUACACUGCCUCGGUUGUGAUUGUUACCUAUUCUUUUUUUCUACAACUGUCUGCAAAUAUAUGAUGGGUUAGUGUCAAGAUUGGCAAAACGAAACCCUUUCUUCAUAUGCAAAUUAAUGUUGCACCAUAU